GAGUUCCUGUAAGAGGAAAGCUCACAGCAUGGCACGGCCGGUGGAAAAGAUCCCAAAGGAUGCGGUGCAGCAGCUGGCAAUUGAUCGAGAAAACAUCAGGAAAGUGCUACGCAGUCAGAAACUGUACAUGAAAUUCAACAUCAACUCCUACACCAAAUUUCAUUGUAUUACAGGAAAACCGAACGUCCGAGACGUGGAAGCAGAAGGGGAGGAGGAUCAAAAUCUAUCAAGAAUACUACGGCAGAAGUUUUUGGAACCAAGGAUGAAGUAUACCAUGCCCCAAACAGAAGCGCAGGAGAUUGGCUGGAUAACGACUCCACUGAUUUCCAAAGACGUGCAAGAUCGGAGACUGAACUUCCCUCACCAAAGUAAUGAAAUCACAAGGUUCAUGGCACAGUUCUUCCAUCAAAAGGAAAGCUCUGAAAAAUAGUCCCAGCCACAUAACCGUUCCGUUAACGUCCCUACGCUAAUCUCCCGUUAUUGCCAGACUUCUGAAGUCAGACGUGUAUAAAUAACGUGCCAGGCGUUUGUAAUUUUACAUAGUUGGGGAGAAUAAAUAUGAAUAAAUGGCUGGAAAAUGGGUUGCCUUAUUGACAUGGUUUGAACUGCGAGGAUUAAGCUGAGGGAUUGUGAUCCUUGGAGUCAUAGAGUUAUACAGCGUGGAAACAGGCCUUUCGGCCCAACUUGCCCACACCGGCCAACAUAUCCCAUCUACACUAGCCCCACCUGCCUGCGUUUGGCCCAUAUCCCUCCUUGGUAGAAUAUGAUCAUUCAUUUUGGAAGAAAAAAAAUGCGUCUUUGUGUUUUAUGGUACUGAGGUACUAUUCCAUAAGCGUGUAACACAAAGGUGAAAACUGACGGGCUCUUUGUUGCUGGGUGUGAUCUGCACCCAUGGCCUGCAUUUCCUGUUACUCCAAAGCAACCCGGUUUGCAAGAGUAGUCACUCGUCCUGGCUAGGUCUGUCCUGGGGGUGAACAUUGAGCUACUGUGUGCUCAAAGGUUUUGAGCAAUCUACACUUGGACCUCCCCAGUUACAUGGUUGAGGAAUACUGAUUCAUGUACACAUGCUUUGUGCACUGUUGACUUCUUUCUUGAGCAGCCUCGCUCUUAAAGGGCUGCAGUGUGGUGCAACUGGUAGAGCUGCUGCCUCACAGCGCCAGAGACGGGUUUGAUCCUGACCGUAGUUGCUGUCCGUGUGGAGUUUACACGUUCUCCCUGUGACCACAUGGGUUUUCUUUGGGUGCUUCACUUUCCUCCCACAUCCCAAAGACAUGCAGGUCAGUGGGUUUGUUUAUGAAGGAACUGCGGAUGCUGGAAAAAUCAAAAGUAGACGAAAAAUGCUGGAGAAACUAAGCAGGUGAGGCAGCAUCUAUGGAGAGAAGGAAUAGGCGACGUUUCGGACUGAUUAAUUGGCUUCUGUAAAUUGCCCCAAAUGGGCAAGGAUGUGGAAGCACGAAAACAGAACUAGUGUACGGGUAAUUGAUGUAGUCAGUGUGGACUCGGUGGCCUUUUUUUUUUAAUUUUUUUA